AUGAACGAGUUUUCGAGGUCCUCCCAGUGGAGAGAAUUACAACCGCUUCCCGAUGGAAAAUAUCACAUUGUCAGAAGAGUCGUUGAAACUGGACAACCUCCCAACCUACCACCCGGUCACGGAGGCCAACAGAGUUUUCCUUAUCCAGGUGGAGGUCAGCAACCUGGAGGAGGUCAGCAACCCGGCUCAUCGUACCCCGGUCAGCAACCUGGCUCAUCCUACCCUGGUCAGCAACCUGGCUCAUCCUACCCUGGUCAGCAACCUGGCUCAUCCUACCCUGACGAGCCACCCAGCUCAGUACAUGCCCCUGACCCUGGAGAACCACCAAGCGUGCCAGAUGCUGAGGGAAGACCGCCAGCCACCUUCCCACACUAUGGAGGAGGAGCCCCGCCUUCACACCCUCAACAUUAUGGCAGUGGAGAUCGUGAGACCCUCCCACCAAUCCAGUACGACGAAACCUGGUAUGAACCGCCUGGCCAGGGAUCUUACCCAAGACUGCCGCUCGCGGAUUACGAUCCGCUGCUUUCUAAACCCGUUGAUAGGCUCCCCGAUCAGAAUGGUAGGACUCCGCCAGGAGCUGGUUCCAGCGAUCUCGCCAAACUCAUGCCUCAUCCUUCAUGGCCAUCCACCUCAUCGCUCACGACAUCCCACUCCCCAGAUCCUCAACGUACCAUUCCACCCUCAUCCCGGCCAUCCACCCCAUCCUCACGAUCAUCAUCAUCAACAUGA